AUGAGGAAUACUCACGUGAGCGACAGGCGACAGGACGGGCUCAGUCAGUACGGAAGCCCGGAGGAAAAGCGAAGCAGGGACAGGACAAUGGCGGCGGGGCCUGGAGUUUCCGUGCAGAGUAACAACAGUCCAGCGAGAGAAUUAAGCAUCUCCGUUUCACAAGGAGGAUUUCAAAGUCACACAGAGCGGAUAAAAACAGAGGAUGUGUCCGAAACUGAAAAGCAGAAUCGAGUCGCUGCGUUGCUGGAGAGGCUUCAUGCCAAACACAAUGCCUCACGACCGUGGCAGGAGACGUCCAAAGUGGUACGACAAGCAAUGGAAAAACGUGGUGUUUUGAAUACUGCAGGUCACCAGCUCCUGCUUACUUGUCUGGAGACACUACAAAAGGCUCUAAAGGUUACCUCUCUAUCUUCAAUGACCGACCGACUGGAGUCCAUAGCCAGACAGAACAUGUUGGGUUCGCAUCUCAGCCCAUCGGGGACAGAGUGUUACAUCACAUCAGAUAUGUUUUAUGUGGAAGUCCAGUUAGACGCCACAGGACAGCUGGUGGACGUGAAGGUGGCUCAUCAAGGAGAGAAUCCCACGAGUUGUCCUGAGCUGAUUAGACAUCUGAGAGAGAAAAACUUUGAAGAAUUCUCAAAACAUCUAAAAGGACUAGUUGAGUUGUAUAAACUUCCAGGAGAUAAUAAAUUAAAAACCAAGAUGUAUAUUGCACUGCAGUCCCUGGAGCUCGAUCUCACGAAGAUGAUGCACAUGUUCAGGUUGGCGACUAGCGCAACUGCAGUGGAGACUAUUCUUCACGGAGGUGUUGGACUUCUAACAGCGAGAAGUGGAGGGCACCUUGUUACCCUUCAGUGUUACGUGUCUCCUUAUGACAUAUUUGAGGAGGAGCUGGACUUAACAGACAGCGAUGUUCCACAAUCUCUGGGUAUUGGUGUGUCAGUGACAAUUGAAGGAACAUCUGCCAUAUACAAGUUACCAAUUGCUCCCCUUAUUAGUGGAUCCCACCCAGUGGACAAUAAAGGGACUCCAUCUUUUUCCAAUGUGUCCAACUCCAACAGUGUGGACUUGCCAGCUUGUUUCUUCCUCAAAAUGAACCAGCCUAUGCCCUUUUCUUUGUCCUUCAUUCAAAAAUUGGGCAAUGCUACUUCCAUUCCUGUGUUUGAGAGCCAACCAAGCCUCUCUCCGCUCUACCAGCUCAUUGUCCAAAGCCAACUUCAGCUCCUGGAGGAAGGGAACGCCUUAUCAACCCCACACAACAUGCACUUCUAUUCUAUAUUGCCUGAUCAACAGCACUGUUAUUUCUUAAAUGGAGACGCCCCAGUGGAGGACAGUUAUUGUCUCCAAGGAGCGCUGGUGACCAAGGUCCCUUUUCGGCACCCGGCACAGGUGCCCCUCCUCCUGGACAUCAUCCGGCACCAAGCUGCAUACAACACAUUGAUUGGUAGCUGUGUCAAACAGAAAUCUCUCAAAGAAGAUACGGCAGGGCUUUUGCAGUUUGAAGUUUGUCCUCUCACUGACUCCAGUUUUAGUGUUUCUUUCCAACAUCCUGUUAAUGAGUCUUUGGUCUGUGUUGUGAUGGAGGUCAUUGACUCUCGUCAAGUUUCCUGCAGACUUUACAAAGGCCUGUCAGAUGCUCUAAUAUGCACCGAUGAAUUCAUCACCAAAGUAGUACAACGAUGUAUGUCGAUACCUGUAACCAUGAGAGCCAUAAGGAGGAAGGCAGAAACCAUCCAGGCCGACACUCCGGCUCUUUCACUGAUCGCUCAGACGGUGGAGACUAUGGUGAAGAACAACUUGCCGCCUUCAGGCAGCCCCUCCUACAACAUGGCAGCUGGAGAUGCCAUGGGACUACCAGGACUCACAGGAGGCAACACGCCCACUGGAGCAGGGCCUAACUAUUCUGGCCCCAUUUCUACAUUAUUUGGGAUGUCACGGUCUGAGAGAGAGAGUCAAGGUGGAGAAUGUAUGGCCCAAGGUGCGACGGCGGCCCAGCAACAGUUACAACAACAACAAGCAGCUCAAGGAAACGCAGAUGACUACAACAAAGUCACUCAGAAUCCAAUACUCACAAGCUUGUUACAGAUAACAGGAAAUGUGGGCUCUAGUCCGAGCUCCCAGAAUACUCCACAACCUCAUCAAACCCCUCCCCCCACCUCCUCCCCAGCCAGCAACACUAAGAACCAUCCUAUGCUCAUGAAUUUACUAAAAGACAAUCCGGCACAGGAUUUUGCAGCUCUGUACGGAUCGAGUACAUUGGAGCGUCAGAAUUCAUCUGGCUCUCCGCGGACAGAGGGAGCAAACGCAGCCUGUCCCUUGAGUGGAAAAGUGAAGAAAAAGCGACGACCGAUGGAAAAGGGUGGUGCAAUGCCAGGGGCUGCCACUGCUCCUGGGUCAGGAGGAGGACCAGGUUUGGGGAUCAAGGGUCCACUGCCUCCACAUCUCCAACACCAUCAGGUCACACAUGAGGAUGACUUUCACCGGGAGCUGCUCUCUAUGGACGUAGAUCCGUCUCAAAAUUCAAUAUUUGACGUGAAUCUUGCUGGAGAUGGAUUAGACACUCCCCACAGCAUCACGCCUGCACCCAGCCAAUGUGAAACUCCUCCUUCUGGUCCCAGUAUCUCCUACCCACAAUCCCAACAGCAGCCACCUCCGGGCGCUGUGCCUCCACGGAUAGUGCGUCUCUCCAGCUCUGACAGCAUUGGUCCUGAUAUCACAGAAAUAUUGUCGGCCUUACCUGACCAAACAGGUAAAAGCAGUGGAGGGACUCAGCUUGCUUUGGGCAGUGGAGAAGAUGCAUGCCCUCUCGGUACACCCAUCCGGGAUUCUUCUAGUUCAGGUCAAGGAAGUGCAGUCUUUGAUUCAGACCUUUUCAACACUAACAGUAAUGAAAACCCUUUCACUGAUGCAGCAGACCUGAUCGCUGAAGCAACAGCAACUGCAGCCACUCCCACCAGCGACUCCUCCUCCACAAACUUCUUUCCUGAUGCUGCCGACUUUAACCCUGAUCUUCUGGCGUCUAGCCAUAGUUUUUCCCAAAACUACUUUGACGACAGUUCACCAAGUGCUGAUGGAGACAUGGAUCUAGUCAAAGGUUUUAGUGGAGGUAGCCAACAGAAUACACCGGCAGGAACUCCUCAGAACCCAACCCCACAUGGACAAAGCACCCCUGACCCUUCCCUCAAAGAUCCCUUUGACAUGGGAGGGAUUGUAUUCGGAGGCAGCAGUGGAGGAGGAAAACCACCUCUGGGCGCUCCAGAUUUAGGAGACACUCACAGUGCUGGAUCUCAGAGCCCGAUUAUGAUGGCACUGGGUCCAAGUAGUGAUUUUAAAAGUAGCGACAUGAAAACGAAACCACAACAGCCUGGGGUGACUCGGCCAAAAGAAGAGAGCGGAGGCGGUGGAAACAGCAGCUCAGUGAUGGGGAGCAGCUCAUCAGAAGGAAAACAAGUGAAGAGGAGCCGGACACCCUCCAGUGAAGGGAAAUCCAAAGACAAGCCCCCUAAGCGCAAAAAAAUGGACACAGACGGAAAGUCUCCGUCCCAUAGCUCAGGGGGUCGGCCUUACACCCCUCCAAGUGGAGGUCCAGGUUCUGGGGGGAGUGGAGGAGGCUCCAAGUCACCUGGGAGUGCAGGGCGCUCACAAACCCCUCCACGGAUCCCUAUAUUAACUAUCCAGAUUGGAAAAGGGACUAUAACAGGCAGGAAAAGCUCCUCCCAUAGUGGAGAUAGCUCCAGUAGCUCCACCACCAGCAGCAGUGGGGGAGGAGGGGCAACAGGGAGCAGUAAAAGUCACCACUCCCACUCUUCUUCAUCAGGAAAAAUCAAGUCUAAAGAAGGGUCUUCACAGAGCAGUAGCUCCAAACCAGGAAGUGCAGGCACAGGAGGAGGAAGUUCCUCUCAGUCCAAAAACUCCUCUCAGGGAAUGGGCUCCGGAAAACCAGGCUCUUCCCCAAUUACCAAACAUGGACUUUCUGGACCUGGGAGCAGUGGCAGCAGUAAAAUCAAACCACAGGGGGGCAAGCCUUCUGGUUCACUCAUGAAUCCCGGCAUAAAGCCUAAUAUCUCCCCCUCCCACUCACGCUCCACUAGUUCAGGUGAUAAAAUGUCCUCCCCAAUGAAGUCACAAGUCCCAGGAACACCUCCAUCCUCAAAAGCCAAAUCGCCCAUAGGCUCAGGAAGCAGUGGAUCUGGUGGAUCAAAGUCUUCCUCAAGUGGAGGCUCUCAAAAACCGAUGGGCGGGGGAUCUUCAGGUGGAUCAGGGUCCUCUUCAUCUGGUGGUGCUUCUUUUCCUGGAGGCUCUCAAUCUCAAUAUGGAGGUAGUGGAGGAGGAGGCGGAGGGAGUGGGGGGAGCAACAGCGGUAACUCAAACAGUGGAGCAAACAAUCAAAAUAACUCAAACAACCCCAACGCCAAAGGAAAGUCCCCAAGUCGUAACAAAAAGCCCUCCCUCACGGCUGUCAUCGACAAACUGAAGAGCGUAGGGGGAGCGGGAGAGGAUGGGUGUGAGGUCGGGCCUCAGGGAGGGCCCCCUGGUCCUGGAUCAACCCCAGGGAGUGGAUCCGGAAACGUCCCCAGUGGUGGAGCUCCCAGCAUCGGCCCUUCCAAACACGGACCCUCGUCACAAAGCGGAGAAUACAAGCGCGAGAAAUCUGACAAAGAAGCUAAAGCUAAAGUUUCUGUGUCUGGAGGAAGCAGCAGCGAUAAAAAGAUGGACUCGAAAAGUGGAGGAGGAGGUGGGUCUGGUUUGGCAAAAAUAAUUAUCAGCAAACCCGAUGGUGGCUCACCGAGCAUCAAGGCUAAAGUGUCUCUGCAAAAAACUGGCGAAGGCUCCGGGGAUUCCAUGCGGCCCCAGAUUUCGAGUCUCAAGGCCUCCCCAUUAUUCAGCGGCUCCACUCCCAAACACGAUCGCUCCUCCCCCAGCCACAGCCGCUCCCCCGGGUACACCCCCCUCAACCACGACAGCGAGUCCGAGUCCGGCAGCAGCUCGGUGGCAGAGAAGUCGCACCAAAACAGCCCCAGCUCAGACGACGACCAAACCAUGAGGCCCAUUCCUCCGCAGGACUACAUGAGCUCCGUGAGUUCAGGAGAGAAGCACAAAAAACAUAAGAAAGAGAAGAAGAAGCAGAAAGAGCGAGAGAGGGACAGAGACAGAGACAGAGAUCGAGACAGAGACAAGGAGAAGAAGAAGUCCUCGAUGUCCAUGGGCUCCUCUCACCCCAUCAAGACUGACAGUUGGUCCCGAUCCCCCAUUUCUGCGUCCGAGUCCAGUCUGUCGAUGAUGGGGUCUGAGCGGCCCUCCAGACCCAGCCCGCUCUACAUGAGGAACGAAGACGACGACCUCAUGGACUCCGCUGUGAUCGGAAACCUGUGA